AUGCCGGACCCGGUCGGGCAGCAUGCUUGCCGCCCUGCCGGGCCCAGCAACAUCAAUGGCACUGUCUCGGGCAUCUCCCGCGUCUGGGGGGGGGCGCUACGCAACGUGUCUUGGGCCUUGGUGCACGUCUCAGUACCCGGUGGGCGCAUGCUUGCGCCCGCGAAGCCGACGUUCGGAGUUCUUGGUCGUCUUGGCCUGCUACCCCAUCGGGCAGCAUGCCGUUCGCCCUGCCGGGUGAAAAGACAGACGCACGGGAGCCCUGGAGGGCGGCGGGAGCAUCCGGCAGGUAGAGCCACCCGGCGCGUGAGGCAGGCGUCGGCGGAGCUCGAAGCCCCUGCAGGGCCGGCGGAGACGAAGGCAGAGCGAGACGUGGUCGGGGCGUGGUGUGGCGUGGUCGCAAAGUCUUGA